UCGAGCAGACCCCUUCCGACGGCCCUCCCUGCGCAGGCUGGGACGCCUCUCCCCGCUCCGCCCCCGCCGCGGAAAGUUAAGUUUGAAGAGGGGGGAAGAGAGAGAAACAUGGACAUGAAGAGGAGGAUCCACCUGGAGCUGAGGAACCGGACCCCGGCAGCUGUUCUAGAACUUGUCCUGGACAAUUGCAAAUCAAAUGAUGGGAAAAUUGAGGGCUUAAUAGCUGAAUUUGUGAACUUAGAGUUCCUCAGUUUAAUAAAUGUAGACUUGAUUUCAGUUUCAAAUCUUCCCAAACUACCUAAAUUGAAAAAGCUUGAGCUCAGUGACGAUAGAAUCUGUGGAGGUCUGGAUAUGUUAGCAGAAAAACUUCCAAAUCUUACACAUCUAAACUUAAGUGGAAAUAAACUGAAAGAUAUCAGCACCUUGGAACCUUUGAAAAAGUUGGAAUGUCUGAAGAGCCUGGAUCUGUUUAACUAUGAGGUUCAGUUCAGUUGCUCAGUCGUGUCCGACUCUUUGCGACCCCAUGAAUCGCAGCACGCCAGGCCUCCCUGUCCAUCACCAUCUCCCGGAGUUCACUCAGACUCAUUUCAAACCCCAGAUUCAGAUGCCGAGGUGGAUGGUGUGGAUGAAGAAGAGGAUGAUGAAGAAGGAGAAGAUGAGGAUAAGGAGGAGGAUGAAGAUGGUGAGGAAGAAGAGUUUGAUGACGAAGAGGAUGAUGAUGAAGACAAAGAUGUAGAAGGGGAGGAGGAUGAAGAUGAAGUCAGUGGGGAGGAAGAAGAAUUUGGACAUGAUGGAGAAGUUGAAGAUGAUGAAGAUGAGGAUGAAGACGAAGAUGAAGAAGAGGAAGAAAGCGGGAAAGGUGAAAAGAGGAAGAGAGAAACAGAUGAUGAAGGAGAAGAUGAUUAAUAAGACCCCAAUAACCUGCAAAAACAAGCUGUUCAGUAUGGGUUGGACUGCUGACAUGGAUUUGGUAGCUUUUUUUUUUUUUUUUUCAAGAAAAAUAAAAGGGUAGCUGUGAUACAAACCCCAGGACACCCACCCACCCAAAGUGCCAAAGAAUAAUUCCUAUGACAUUUCACCUUCCUCCACUUAGUCCCUCUUGGAAACCCACCACCAAGCUUGGGGACUUCACCCCAACAAAAUUGUAAGCGUUUUUAGGGUUUUGUGUAAGACUUGCUGUAGCGUGGAUAGCUGUGAUUGGUGAGUCAACUGUCCGUGGCUACCAGUUACACCAAGAUUGUAACAGCAUUUUUACUUUCUGUACAACAAAGAAGCUUUGUAAAGAAAAUCUUAACAUU